GACUACCUUUCCCGUGAGCGCCCCGCGACUGUGGAAGAAGAGGGAAGGCGGAGAAAGAGAAAAAAACACACCGAGGGACACACGUAUCCAGAGCGGGCGCAGCGGCGCAGGUUGUUGCCGGGACCGCUGGGCUGCGACAGCCGAAGAGGGACAGCUGAAAAGUCUCUGGCACGCGCCCGGGGCAGGAGGCGAAGCCCGCCGCUUGCUGCUCGGACCGGCGCUUAGAGCGGUGCCCGGCGAGGCGAGCAGGCUCCUGGCUGCUCUUCGCACCAAGCGGAGGCCGGCUCGGCUCGGACUGAGGGCGAAGCGGGAGUUGCGCUGAGAGGGCGCCUGGAGGGCGCGAACGGAGCUGCCCUCUUGACAAAGGGGAAGGCGGCGGCACCACCAGCAGCACCGGCACCGCCGAGCGACUCGAGUCUCCAGGCAGCCGCCGCGCGGGAUGAACGGCUUCGGCCCCGACGAAGCCACCCGCGGUGGGGGGGAAGCCGCCGCAGUCCCCACCGUGGUCGCCAACGCGGCGGCGGCCGUCGAGGUCUUGCCGCCACCGCCGCCCCUACCGCCGCCCCCGGCCGGGCUCGGCGCUGCCUCUGCGGCCGCCACGGCAGCGGGCCCGGCCGGACCCCCCGGGGCGGCGGCGGCGGCGGCGACGGUUGCUGCGGGCGGCCCCGGCGCGGGCCAGCUGUGCUGCCUGCGCGAGGAAGGGGAGCGGUGCGGGCGGGCGGCGGGCAACGCCAGCUUCAGCAAGCGGAUCCAGAAGAGCAUCUCGCAGAAGAAGGUGAAGAUCGAGCUGGACAAGAGCGCAAGACAUCUUUAUAUUUGUGACUUUCACAAAAACUUAAUCCAAAGUGUCCGAAACAGAAGAAAGAGAAAAGGCAGUGAUGAUGAUGGUGACUCACCCGUGCAAGAUGUUGAUACUCCAGAGGUUGAUUUGUUUCAGUUGCAAGUAAAUACACUAAGAAGAUACAAGAGGCACUUCAAGUUACAGACUAGACCAGGGCUUAACAAAGCACAGCUUGUUGAAAUAAUUGGAUGUCAUUUUCGGACUAUUCCAGUGAAUGAAAAGGACACAUUAACCUAUUUCAUCUACUCUGUGAAGAACGACAAGAACAAAGCUGAUUUAAAAAUGGAUAGUGCUGUCCACUAAAUAAGCAAACUGGAAACUUGCAGUCCUACAAACUGUUUUGGAUAUACUGAAGCUUUCUUUAUAACUGGUAUUCAGAGAGGAAAUCCUGAUGUUAUUUUUCAUUGCUGGGGGAGGGGAAAGAUUGGUCAUAAAUGA